GAAUUUCCCCUAUUUACAACAUCAAGUUAUUUUCGUUGAGGCCCAAAAUGCCCUAGUUGAGUUCACCAAUUUACACCUCCCGUCCCGUUGUGUCUUCAACUCCUCCGUCUCUUCUGUUCUCCACUUGACCGUAGACUCUUCAAAUCGAUUGAGUCAGGAUCAUUUAGUGAAAUGGAAGCCCAAUUUUUCCGGUUUCUUAAGAUUGUGGGUGUGGGCUACAAAGCCAGAGCUGAAGCUCAGGGGCGGUUGCUGUAUCUGAAAUUGGGUUACAGUCAUGAAGUUGAAUUGACUGUGCCUCCUGCAGUUCGUGUCUUCUGCUUCAAGAACAAUGUCGUUUGCUGCACCGGAAUUGAUAAGGAGAGGGUGCACCAGUUUGCUGCCGCCGUUCGUAGUUGUAAGCCGCCGGAAGUUUACAAAGGCAAGGGAAUAAUGUACAUUGACGAGGUUAUAAAGAAGAAGCAAGGAAAGAAGUCUAAGUGAUUCAAUGUUUAUCUAUGCUUUGGACAUGAUCUUAAAUUAUUUUGCCACGAAUUUAUGGAUUGGUGAUGCUUUUGUGUUCGGCUUUUGAUCAAAAUGGAGGAUAGUUGAGGUUGUAUUUUGAUGGUAUACAGUAUAUUUUGAUUCCAGUUGGUAGAGUUUAAAUGGUAUUGAUAUAUAAGAGUCAGAAUACGAGGUACUAGUUGACUUUUGGAUGUCUGAGCUUUUUUUUUGUGUGACAAAGUGAGCCUGAUGACAUCUGAAUAUAAGGUUUUAGUGAUGAGAAAACCCCGGCACUAUCAAUCUCAAUGUAACUCUUUGGCAUUGCUUUUUUUUUUUUUGGAUAGACUCUUUGGCAUUUUUGUUAUUAGGUACUUUUCCAAUCUAGAAUAGGCCAAUAACUAUGCUGAGGGCAUAACUUAUCUUCUGAGAAGUAGCUUUUCAAGAGGUUGGGAGACCAAUUGUAAGAGAAUAUAGGCCAGAUCAUUUAAAAAAGAAUGUUAUAUUUAGUAUGGCAAAUAUCUUUAGAAACUGUAAUAGUCUCUUUUACAUAAAAUGCAUUUGUUUAGUAACUUUUGUUUAUGUUCCUUGAAAGAAUUUGUUUGCCCUAUACUUUGCUACUGAUACUACCCUUACUAUAGAUGUCAGUUGGAACUUGCAAUUCAGAUUCAGUUAGUAGAAAGGAAAGGAUCAGACAACCAUUAACCUCUAAAUAAAACAGAGAUAGCUCUACAAAAUUCAAAUGGAACAGAAGAAGUAUUGACGGGUACAAGGAGAAAUGAAUGGAUGUUUCUGUUUCUUAAUCUUGAUUCUUUUUUCGUGACUGAGGACUUAAAUAUAUAUAUAUAUAUAUAUAUGUGUGUGUGUGUGUGUGUGUGUGUGUGUGUGUGUGUGUGUGACACUCACACACACGGGAUUUUCAGGCUUAGUAAAAAUGUAUGAAUGAUUUAUAUAACAAGGAUCAGAUGAGAUAAGACACGAUCACUUAGUUUAGGCUUCUUCUGGUCAAGUCCAAUUUUAACAUCUUUUAGCUAUGGUGAUUGCUGGAAUUAUUACUGUUUUGAUGAUUUUCUCUGAGUUUAUUGAGUCUUUGAUUGUGGAAACUUUAGCAGAUGUCUGUAGCAGAUAUUGAUAUCAGUAUAUGAUAUUGCAUAAGAUAAGGCUUAAUAUGUUUGUUAACCAAAUACCAUUGAUUUUUGGCUUGAGGAAAGGAACAAGAAGUCUCAUCCUUAUUGUUCAUAGCUUUCCCCCGUAAAAUCUACUUUCCAGUAAUAACAAGCAUAUUGAUGAGGAAUAAAGCCAUAAAUUCUCAAGCCUACUUCUUGUUAUGACCCGUCGACACAGAUCAUUUACAUUACUAGUGUAAGCAAUAAUGUGCUUAUUAUAAGUGCAAUCACUUGCAAAUAUCUGGUUUAUUCACUUGACAUCCUUACGGAUGGUAUAUAACUAACCAUCUAAGAAUAUAAGUUGAUUAUAUAUCAGAAAUAUAUCUAGAUUUUAAGUGACAGCACAAUGAAAUAAUAAUUCU